UGUCAUAACAUCAAUCUCGGGUCACACAGAAUGAUCGAUACAGGCCGAAAGGGCCUGGGAUGCACAAGAGGGAGCCUCCAAGUCGGUCAGGUACCAAAGGACCUGAGAGGCUUCCGACGUCUGCUGGCCAGGCGCCUCCCCCCCGCGCGGUGAAAUGAGAUCGUCCGUGACCACGCCCCCUCGCCUUAGCCCCACCCCCGAUGCCGUACGUCCUUCCUAUUGGCUCUUUUUCCGCGCCGUCGGUUGCCGUGGAGACCAGAGCGUUGGCAACCAGCGGAAGCCGCACUCGGUAAUCCCUCCCCCUGGAGCCGCGCGGGGCGGGGACGCGGCGUGGGAUGGCGCUCCACGAGAUCUUCUCUCACCCGGUCGAGCGCAGCUACCGCGCGGGGCUCUGCUCCAAGGCCGCGCUGUUCCUGCUGCUGGCCACGGCGCUCACCUACAUCCCGCCGCUGCUGGUGGCCUUCCGGAGCCACGGGUUUUGGCUGAAGCGGAGCAGCUACGAGGAGCAGCCGGCCGUGCGCUUCCAGCACCAGGUGCUGCUCGUGGCCCUGCUGGGCCCGGAGCCCGGCGGCUUCCUGGCCUGGAGCACGUUCCCCGCCUUCAACCGGCUGCAGGGGGACCACCUUCGCAUCCCGCUCGUGUCGACUAGAGAAGAAGACAGGAAUCAGGAUGGAAAAAUGGACAUGUUACAUUUUAGACUGGAGCUUCCUCUGCAAGCCACAGAGAAUGUCUUUGGAGUCCAACUUAUCUUGACCUUCUCCUACCAGCUGCAUAGGAUGUCCACGUUGGUGAUGCAGAGCAUGGCGUUUCUCCAGUCCUCCUUUGCUGUCCCUGGGUCCCAGUUAUACGUGAAUGGGGACCUCAGGCUACAGCAGAAGCAGCCUCUGGGUUACCGCGGCCUAGACGUCCGCUACAAUGUGUCUGUGAUCAAUGGGACCAGCCCUUUCGCCCAGGACUAUGACCUUACCCACAUUGUGGCUGCUUACCAGGAAAGGAAUGUUACCACUGUCCUGGACAACCCCAACCCCAUCUGGCUGGUGGGCAGGGCCGGCGAAGCUCCAUUCGUGAUCAACGCUGUCAUCCGCUACCCUGUGGAAGUCAUUUCUUACCAACCAGGCUUCUGGGAGAUGAUCAAGUUUGCCUGGGUCCAGUACGUCAGCAUCCUGCUCAUCUUCCUCUGGGUGUUCGAAAGAAUAAAAGUUUUCGUGUUUCAGAAUCAAGUGGUCACCACCAUUCCUGUGGCGUCAGUGCCUCAGGGAGAGGUGUACAAGCAGCACUUGUCCUAAGCAGACUGCCCUAAACAACUCGGCGGGACUGCGCUACCUCAUUGUCUUCUGCAAGUUGCCGUCCUAUGGUAUUUCUGGAAAGAGCCCACUGGACACCGUGA